CAUCUUCAGUAGGAUCGGGUUCGCUAUAGCUAGAGGGGUGGGGGCCCAGAUUGUAUCUCGGCUCCCUACCAAUUUCUUAUAAAUUGAUUGACUCUGUAGGUUUUGUUUUUUUGCUAAUAAUAAUAAUAAUAAUAAUAAUACGGAAUAUUAAUAAUAAAAAAAAAUUAAUAUUCCAAGUGAAAUUGCUAAAUAAUGAAAAAAAAAAAACUGAAUUUGGCGGGAGAAAUUUAAGAUGUACGCAAUUGGGAGUAAGUGAGAUUAUAUAGAGUGAGAGAGUGAGAGAGAGCAGCAAAGUUUGAAGGUUGCAUAAAAAUGGAGGGCACCGAUCCAGAGACCGAGAAAGUUCGAUUGGUGAGUUUAGCCAUGGAUUUCGGCUUCGACGACCAGUCUGCUCACCAAUGCUUGGACCGUCUCAUUCAACUUUAUGGUGAAGAUGGACAAGAUUUUAUUACUGUGGAACAUUGUGGUGAUGAUUUUCUUGCAAUGCUGGCCGAGUCUAUGCAAGACAGUGAAGAAUGGGAUGAUGUACAAGCUAUGGAAACUGAAACAUGUGGUGCUCUAAGCAGCAUGUUGGGAAAAGCAACUCCUAUUCUUGAAGUUGAUUGUGAAGAUGAUGAGGAUCCCGGAAGUAGUAUUCGUGUGAGAGAACAAACUCAGACACCUCAGGAUAUCCUGGUGGUGGAUUCUUCCAGUGAAAAUGAGGAUUUGAUGUUUGAAACUUCUGCAAAUAGAAGUUCUAAGUCCUCAGCACAUCCUAAUCCUCAUCAUAACAGCAGCGAUUGGACCUCUCCAAGAUCUGGGGAGUGUCGCAGCAGUGUCACUCAUAGUAAAGGCUCAUCUCUAUCUCAAAAAAGGGCUAGAAGUUCAUCUGGCAUUUCUACAAGCGAAAGAUGUCAAGUAUUGGAUACAAAUGAAGAAACCCUUAGUUACGAAGAAUUGCAGGUUUUGGAUGAUUUUGAAUUAGCUAAUGUCGUCAUAUUUGGCAAUAAGUUGUUUCGCCCUUUGCAACAUCAGGCAUGUAAAGCAUUUGUCCAAAAGCAAGACUGCUUUAUUCUCAUGCCAACAGGAGGUGGAAAAAGUCUGUGCUACCAGCUUCCUGCAACUCUACAACCAGGCGUGACCAUUGUUAUAUCCCCACUGCUUUCUCUUAUUCAAGAUCAAAUCGUCACACUGAAUCUCAAGUAUGGGGUUCCUGCAACUUUUCUAAACUCCCAGCAAAGCCCAGCACAAGCUGCAGCUGUCAUUCAAGAGCUUAGGAGUGACAAACCCUCAUGUAAGCUCUUGUAUGUAACCCCGGAAAGAAUCUCUGCAAAUGCGUCAUUUUUUGAUGCAUUAAAAAGUAUGCAUCAAAAGGGGCUUCUGGCAGGGUUUAUUGUUGAUGAAGCCCAUUGUGUAAGCCAAUGGGGCCAUGAUUUCCGUCCAGAUUAUCGGAGAUUAGGAUGUCUUAAGCAGAAUUUUUCAACUGUCCCUGUGAUGGCUUUAACAGCUACAGCAACUCAUUGUGUACGCAAGGACAUAUUAAAUGCAUUAAGAAUACCUCGUGCUUUGGUGUUGGAGACGAGCUUUGAUAGACCAAAUUUGAAGUAUAAAGUAAUUACUAAGACUAAGGAACCUCUCAAGCAGCUUGGGAAACUACUGAAAGAUGAAUUUGAAAAUUCUUGUGGAAUAGUUUACUGCCUUUCAAAGAAUGAAAGUGUGGAAGUGGCAAAGUAUUUAAAUGAGAAAUGUAAAAUCAAAUCAGUGCAUUACCAUGCUGGUUUAGCUGCUCGUCAAAGAGUUUCUGUCCAAAAGAGAUGGCAUACUGGAGAAGUACAAGUUGUAUGUGCUACUAUUGCCUUUGGAAUGGGAAUAGAUAAACCUGAUGUGCGUUUUGUUGUCCAUAAUACAAUGUCCAAAUCGAUUGAAAGCUAUUACCAGGAGUCUGGAAGGGCAGGUAGAGACAAUCUUCCUGCAGAAUGUAUUGCCUUGUAUCAGAAAAAGGAUUUCAGUCGAAUUGUUUGUAUGUUGCGAAAUGGACAAAGUUAUAACAAAGACAGCUUCAAGAAGGCAAUGGCUCAAGCUCAGAAAAUGCGGGAGUAUUGUGAACUGAAGGACGAAUGCAGGAGAAAAACAUUGCUUGAACAUUUUGGAGAAUCAUUUGACCCAAAUACAUGCAAAUACGGUCCUAAUCCUUGCGAUAAUUGUGUGAAUAGACCUGUAUGAGAGUAAUGACAAGCCUACCAUAAUUGACCAAGAUGAAAUUUGAUUUAGAGAUUACCUAUUCCACAAAAUGUGUGCUGUAGCCAUGUGUAGCAUUUUGUAACUCAUGCCGAAGCUGUUAGAGAUGCUUACAGCCCAAGAAGUCAAGAACCCACAAUGUCACCACCUCACCCGGGCUUGGCUACAAGUAUUUGUCUUUGAGAUGGAUGUACAUAUAUGUAUGUAUGUGUUAAGACUUUGCAAUAGACAGUUUCUUUUGUUAUACGAUUUGCUCAUGAUCAAAUUGUCUCCAAGUGUUCUAUUAAACUUUUGCUGAUGUAAAUCACAUUUAUAAUUCCAACCCCCUUUCAGAUGAUUGAACCGCUGCCACGAGGAUAGGAGAUAGAAGUACCAACCGUAUAGCCCUUGAUUUUCGAAUUGUCCAAGUGUUGGAUUGUUGGUAUACUGGUAGAAUGUAAAAUGAAUACGAAUGCUGUACUGUAUACCUUAACCUUGGAAUCUUGAAUUAGGUGAUGUUGUACCUGAAGUUUUGCUAAUCAUAUC